GUUAGGGUUAGGGUUAGGGUUAGGGCACAAGAGCAAGAUGAACCCUCCUCAAAACUUUGGACAAAAAUGUUCUGUUAAAGGAGCACCAGAAGGCAUUUCUGAAGUUGAGCAAGAAGUUCAAACAGGAGGUGCCUAUGUGACUUCAUUCAAAUAUAAGAGGAAGUGAGAGAGAGCGAGCGGUACAGAGUGAGAGAGAGCAACAGUGCCAGAGGACAUCUACCUUAUAGAAAAGGACACUGUAGCACAUGUAUCAAGGAUGAUGUGGAACGCCACAGAUAACGUCACCGUCGACCCCUUCUCCUGCUACCACCCCUCGGUGGUGGGCUACCGUUACUUCGGGGUGCUGUGGGGGUCCCUGGUGACCGCGGUGGGGAUGUCGGGGAACAUCCUGACCGUGCUGGUCUUCAUCCUGGACCGCCGGCUGCGGACGCACUUCAACGCGCUCAUCGUCAACCUGGCGGCGGCCGACCUGCUGUACUGCGGCCUCCUGCAGCCGGCCAGCGUCGACUCCUACCUGCACCUGCACUGGAGGGGCGGGGCCACCUGGUGCCGCGUCUUCGGCCUGCUCCUCUUCCUCUCCAACUCGGUGUCCAUCCUGACGCUCUGCCUCAUCGCGGCCGGGCGCUACCUGAUGAUCGCGCGGCAGGGCGUCUACCGCCUGCUGUUCUCGGGGCGCGGCCUGGCGCUGCUCCUGACCGCCACCUGGGCCGUGGGCCUGGCCAGCUUCGGCCCGCUCUGGCCCGCCUUCGUCUUCGCGCCGCAGGUGUGCACCUGCAGCUUCCACCGCACCAGGGGGCGCCCUUACAGCACCGUGCUGCUCUUCUUCUACUUCUUCGUGGGGCUGGGCUGCGUGGGGCUCUUCUACUUCCUCAUCUACUGGCGUGUGAGGGCGGCGUCCCGGGCGCUGCUCAGGUACAGGAUCAGCCGGCGCUCGUCCCGGAAGAAGCCGGCGGUGGCGGAGGGGGAGGGCACGACCGAGGGGGACAGCGGGGUGCAGACGCAGAGCUGCGAGAUCAGCUGCGACGUCACAGGGUCCAGCCACAGCGCGGCGGAGGCGGGCGCGAGCAAAGCCGCCGUCUCCCGCACGGAUCAGAAGGCCCCCGCCCCCGCCCCCGCCCCCGCCCCCGCCCCCGCCUCCGCCCCUGCCCCCUCGCCCGGCGACGACGGGGAGUUCGACCGCGUGACCCGGAUGUGCUUCACCGUCUUCCUGUGCUUCGUGGGCUGCUUCGCCCCCUUCAUCCUGCUCAACAUCGCCGACCGCGGCGGCCGCGCCCCCCAGGUGGCGCACAUGUUCUGCGCCAACCUCACCUGGCUCAACAGCUGCAUCAACCCCAUCCUCUACGCCGCCAUGAACCGCCAGUUCGGACAGGCGUACCGGGUCCUGCUGUCCCGCGCCACACAGCCUCUGAGGCGUCUCUGCCAGCGGUGACGCCCCCGCCCCCCCCCCCCCCCCCCCCCCCCCGCACCGCCCUGCCACUCAGACCAGAGCUCAGGUGACUGCCCAGGCUGAGUCUAUCUUUGAGAAAUGUUCACAGAAACGAUUCAACACAUUUUGCCUGUCUGAAAAAGAAAAAGGCAGCAACAACAUUCUUUAUCGUUUGUCCAGUUUUCUCUGUUAUUUCCUGAUGAAUGACCCCAUUUUGUGACUUUUUUUUUACAAAAAAAUGUAUUUAUGAACUUGUGGAUAAUGGAGGCUCAGCAUUAAAACUGCAGCCCAAUAGCACUGCUGUGCUUAGUAGUGAAUGUAUUUCUCCAGCAGAACUGAGCUCGGCGAUUUAGUGCAGCUGUCUGUGCAGAAGACAUGUCGGCAACAACUUCAUCACAGAAUGGAUGAAGACCAAGAACUAAUUUAUUUUUUUUAAAUCAGCUUUCUGUACAAAACUGUGCAACUCUGAUUACAGCUUUGCUUUAUCAAGGAACUUCUUCCGCACAGUGUUGCACUUCCUGUAUAAGGUCCACACCUGACUGUGUUCUUUGCCAUUAUACCAUGUACAAAAAAUUUUAUUUCCUUGGUUUGUAACUGUAAAUGUAACAAGCAUAAAUGUUGAUUUUGAGCUAUUAAGAAUUCCACUAAGAUUUUUAUAACAAUAAUACCACAAAAAAAUACCAACAGCCUCUGCAUACAUUACACUUGGAAUGGAAACAUGAAUCAAGACAAAAAAAAUCAAGACAACAGUAUCAAAAUUUAAGGAGGAACCAGGUUUAUUGGAGAUCAUGGGAAAACAUUAACACAAACAUGACUACUAUGAAAACCUAAUGCCGCAUUACAUGAGUUAGUCUGCUCUACUGAGCCACCAUCCCUCCUGUGGC